GGCUUUCGACGCGACGGUUAUCCGAGAGGUCCGUCAUGGACGGCAGGGUCGGACUCCGAGCCAGCCGCCGGGCGGCCCCCACCCCGAGAGUCGCCGUCAGGUCGUCUCCGAGGCAGCGGGCUCGGGUAAGGGAGCAGGAGCCCGUCGUGUCUGCUAUGAGUGGAUCUGGCUUAGGGAAGGAGAACAAGGCCGGCAGCAGCACCCCGCUGAGGCACAGACCCAAUGCCUUCUCUGAGCUGGACAAUGCCACGCCGCGCGUCAUGCUGCGAAAGAUCAUCCAGAACCAACCACAGGUGUCACCUCUAGCACUUCAGACAGUUCAGUUGGAAGAAACAGAAGAUGCUCGACCAGAGCCUCCAUCUCAGAGGACUUCUAGCACGGUGGAACUGCAACUGCCAGACCUUGUUCCUGAGGAUGCAUCUGUCACUACUUUCCGCAUGACUAGGAAGAGAAAGAAACUCAGUAUCUCUGAAUUUGAGAGAGCAGCAGACAAGCGGCUUCCUCAGAACCAGGCUCAUUCAACACUGGACAGCACUUUGGUUCGAUCUCUUCGCAUGUCAGUUGGUUCUGUGAUGGCACCAGACACUGUUGAAAAAAGAGGCUUACUCCGGAGGCCACAGAAUCACAAAGCUAUUGACAUCGCUGCUUUUGAAGGGGGAGUGGAACAGAACAUGCUGCAGAUAAAAGCACAAGACUACCUUGUGGAUUUGCAAACAUCAUCUAUGACUGGAACAACUACAAUAAGAACUGAUGCAGAAGUUGUGCUGAAUAAUACAGAGCUCUUUGUUGAGCCUCAGCUUGGCGAACAGAAUCUUCUUGCUGUUGAACCACAGCUAUCAGAUUCAAAAACUUCAGCACAAAGAAGCAAUACUUCAUAUCCUGCUCAUGAGAAAGCAAGGUUGGAGGGCCUGGUAUCUCGUGUGAGCACAGAUGAGAGAAGGACCCUGAGAUUUUCUGAAAAGGACUUAAUAACUGAUCAUGAACAUGUUGAUGGGAUAACUCAGAAAACACCUGCAAAGGAGGGAGAAGACGAGCAAGAUCAUUCCCAGCAGAAUGACCCAAUGGAACAGUUCUCUGAGUCAGAAGAAAUGGCUGGCACUACAGAGCACCAUGCAGAUGCUGAAUAUUCUGAACAUUCAGAGAAGAAACUGUCAAGAAAAGCAGUAUCACAGCUAACAGCAGCCCAGGAUGCUGGAGUUGAAAUGGAAAUGACCCCUUCAGAAGGAGGAGUAGCAGAAGGCACUGAGCACCAAGACUCUCCCAAAGCUGAGCUGCAGAUGGCUGGAAGUCCUGGUGGGCAUUCUCCUGCUUCUUACUCACUAAAGAAAUCUGGGGCAAAGCCAUUAAAAGAAGCUGUUGAGCAAACAGGUGAAAUAGAGCGUGGGACCAUCACAGGAGUACUGGAUGCUGCUGAAGAGGAGGCUACUGAUGAUGAAAGUGAUAUAGAAGACCAUGAGAGUGAAGAAAUUUCCAUGAAGACACCCAUGUUUGUCCAUGCUGCAGCCUACAGACCACAUCCUGUGCUAUCACCUCCACAUCCUGUAAAAUCUGCUUCUCCUGAGUUGCCCCCGCAGCCAGUGCGGGCCAAGCCAGUUCCAAAGAGCUCAGGAGCAGCACAGAGGAAAACACGUGAGCCUGAAAUAGCAAGCAGUCUGAUAAAGCAGAUAUUUAGCCAUUAUGUGAAAACGCCAGUGACCAGAGAUGCCUAUAAAAUUGUUGAAAAAUGCUCUGAGAGAUACUUCAAGCAGAUUAGCAGUGAUCUGGAAGCUUACAGCCAGCAUGCAGGGAGGAAGACAGUGGAGAUGGCUGAUGUGGAACUCCUCAUGAGAAGGCAAGGGCUGGUGACAGACAAGAUGCCAUUGCACGUGCUGGUGGAGCGUCACCUCCCUCUGGAGUACAGGAAGCUGCUGAUUCCCAUUGCUGUGAGUGGGAAUAAAGUGAUUCCCUGCAAGUGAACAUGCCCCUCUGGCAGUGGGCAUGUCCUAGGGGUGGAAACAUAGCUAACUUCUGCAAGCAGACCAUUGGUUGUUCCAUGUGAUGGUUUUCCACAUGUAACUACUGGGGCAAUACGCAGUCAGCACAGGCUUGAAUUGAUUCAGGUUGUGCUGUGGCUAUUGUGCCAGCCUGCUGGAUCUCACCAUCAAUUACUAUAUGUUAUUUUUGUAUCUUAACUUUUGAAUACUUUUUACAGCUCAGUAAAAUAAAAUGUGAUGUGUAUUCUGCA